AUGAAGAAGAAGAAGCGUACAGAGGCAAAUAACCAAACUUUUUCAAACCUUCCUUUCGAACUCACUUUACUAAUAUUGGAGCGUCUCUCUUUGAAAGACAACAUUCGUGCUUCCAUUGUUUGCAAAACAUGGCAAGUAGCUUGUGUUUCCGUUCGUGUUAAGGAGUACUCAACACCAUUGCUUAUGCGCUCUCCUUGUAGAGAAGAAUACGAGCUAUACGAUCCAUUACUCGAUAAAACACAUAUUUGUAAGUCAUCCCCUGUGUUACGCGGUUCACACAUUCAUUGUUCUACAGACGGUUGGUUACUUGUGCGCCAUAGAAAUUUCAGAGAUACCUUCUUUUUAAAUCCAUUUACCCAUGAACGCAUUGGACUGCCUUGGCCUGAUAUGGGGAGUAGUCUUGCACUAGCUUCCUCAUGUGCUCCUACAUCGAAUAGUUGUGUAUUAUUUUCUGUCUCCGAUUUCACCGAGGGAUCCAUCACCAUCAAAACAUACCGUCUUGCUACUAAAGUGUGCACUUCUUUCAAGUUCUCGCACGUUUUCCUAGGAUAUAUGGAG